AUGUUAAAGCACACCUAUAAGCUCGGAAGAUUGCCAUUGGCAGCUAGAAGAUGGUCGAGCUCUAAAAUACCACCGACACAUUUUUCAAACCCUAGCUAUGUCCCUCCGACUUUCGAUCAAGUCAAGCCUCAGCUUUCCUCUGAUCAAGCGCAAGGAAAACAAAUACCUAACGGGGAAUCGGUACACGAUUCAAUCUUAGCAAGGCAUGAUCGAAAUGAAAAAUCACUCAGGGAGCUUACUUCCUUGCUUGCAAUGUGCGUUUUGGCUUAUUUGGCGGUCGACAAUUAUACAAGCAGGAUAAAACUAGAAAGAGCUAGCAUUGAAACUUCUGCCAUUAAUCUCAAGGCACUACAGGUUCAACAAGCAAAUUUCUUAAAUGCUAGAAAGAAGAGAGAUAUACAAAUCUUACAGGAAAGAAAAGACACAGAAAAGAGAGACUUUAAGAUGACUCUCCAUAUUGCGAUUUUAAGAAAGCAGUUGCUAGAUAACGGUAUUGAACCUAUUGAUGUGGAAUUAGCUACAAGAGAAUUUGAGAAAAGCGUAAAGAUUGAUAACUCUAUGAAGAAUAUUAGUGGACAAGCUCUAUGGUUAGAUGACCAUUCUCGUAAGUAUUCAGAUCACUUUUUGCUCGGCUUUCUUUAG